AUGGCCACCUCCACUCUGCCCACUCGCGGCGGCUACGACAGCAAGGCUCCGUCCGUCUUUACGGCUCGCAAGAUCGGCGCACCGCACACGCUUGAGCACCGCAUCUACAUUGAGAAGGAUGGCGUCCCCGUCAGCCCUUUCCACGAUGUGCCACUGUAUGCCAAUGAGCAGCAGACGGUGCUGAACAUGGUCGUUGAGAUCCCAAGGUGGACAAACGCCAAGCAGGAGAUCUCCAAAGACGAGGCUCUCAACCCCAUCAAACAAGACACGAAGAAGGGCAAGCUCCGCUUCGUCCGCAACUGCUUCCCCCACAAGGGUUACCUCUGGAACUAUGGCGCUUUCCCCCAAACCUGGGAAGACCCCAACGUCACCCACCCGGAGACCAAGCAAAAGGGCGACAACGACCCUCUCGACGUGUGCGAGAUCGGCGAGCUGGUCGCCAAGCCUGGCGAGAUCAAGCAGGUCAAGGUUCUUGGCGUGAUGGCUCUGCUGGAUGAGGGCGAGACGGACUGGAAGAUCAUGUGCAUUGAUGUCAACGACCCGUUGGCGCCGAAGCUCAAUGACAUUGAGGAUGUCGAGAGGCAUUUGCCGGGUUUGUUGCGGGCGACGAACGAGUGGUUCCGCAUCUACAAGAUUCCGGACGGCAAGCCGGAGAACCAGUUCGCGUUCAGCGGUGAAUGCAAGAACAGGAAGUAUGCGAUGGACGUCGUGAGGGAGUGCGCGGAGGCGUGGGAGAGAUUGAUCACGGGCAAGACGCAGAAGGGUGAAAUCAGCCUCACCAACACCACCGUUCCGCACAGCCCUGACCGUACCGACCCCAGCAAGCUCAACAUUCCCAAGGGCGAGGACAAGGCGCCGGCGCCGAUUGACCCAAGCAUUGACAAGUGGUUCUACAUCUCUGGUGCUUCUGCGUAA